GUAUAAAAAAUCAAAGUUUAUUCAAGGAUGCAUGGCUUAAAGAUAAAAUAAUAUCCUUUUCGGUUGACCUUUGGAAGCGACCACUACUUAGAAAAGUUCAAAGUGUACUAAAAGAAACUUUCCGUGCAGGACAAGGAGUAAAAACAUUAGAUACGCAUGUUAAAGGAGCUAAAUACAUCCAACGAACUUCCACGAAAUAGCCACUAGGACAGACAAAGAAGCAUACUAGAAAGAAAAGAAAAUUGGAAAAACCAUACUUAAACUUUUAUCCUUCCCUCUAACUACUUAAAUGACGCAAUGUAUGAGUGCUUUAAUGAAUGGAGAUUACAAAAACAAUUCAAUCAACUCUCAACGAUAAUUUAUAUUUAAUUGCUUUUGCUAAAGCAACACUUUUAAACAUAAAUUUGAAUUAUUAUUUUGUUUUUAAUUUUGUAUGUAACGUGUAGAAAACCGUUAUAUUCAUAAUUGCUUAAAUAAAGAAAGACUGGAAGAUACAUAUUAGAGAUGUCGUUGUGUUUUGUUCCUGGUGGCCAUUAUGUAUCAAAGAAAUAAGAAAAUCGUGUUAUAUUAUCUGACGAAUAAAUUAUACAUUACAGUUUAUCAUUGUUUAAGUCAGUGAUGACAAAAGAAUUAACACAUAUGGAUAUUGAUAAUCAGAAUAUUACUGCACCAGCGCCUCCACCGCUGCCAUCGCCGCUAAAAAAUUUUAUCGCUGGCGGAGUUGGAGGAAUUUGCCUUGUGGUCACUGGUCAACCACUAGACACAAUUAAGGUUCGUUUACAAACACAAAAUGUUAAAGCUGGUGAAGCCCCUCUUUACAGAGGUACAUUUGAUUGUGGAAAAAAAAUUAUUCAAAGAGAGGGUUUUCGAGGUUUUUACAAAGGCAUGGCAACAGUACUAAUUGGGAUCACUCCAAUAAUUGCUAUUUCCUUCUUCGGUUUUGGUGUAGGAAAAAAAUUGCAAACAACGGAUGUCAAACAAGAAUUAACGUUGCCACAGAUAUGGAAUGCUGGUAUGGUAGCUGGCGUUUUCACAACUGUUGUAACAGUACCUCCCGAAAGAGUCAAAUGUCUGCUACAGAUUCAAACUGGUGGCCGUAAAAAUUCUAAAUAUAACGGGGCGUGGGAUUGUGCUAAAAAGAUUUACCUGGAAGAAGGCUUCUUCAGAGGGUUUUAUCGUGGAACUGCUGCAACUUUACUUCGUGAUGUUCCAGCCAGCGGCGCCUACUUUAUGAGUUAUGAGAUGUUGUUACGUUAUCUAACACCUGAAGGGGAAAGCCGAGCACAUCUUAAUCCACUGAGAUUUCUUGUUGCUGGAGGCACUGCUGGUGUAAUUGACUGGAUUGUUGCUAUUGGUCCUGACACCUUAAAGUCUCGAUUUCAAACAGCACCUCCUGGAACUUACACCGGCAUACGCGAUGUCUUUCGAAAAUUAGUGAAACAAGAGGGUAUAACUGCUUUGUUUAAAGGAUUAACUCCAGUUAUGAUUCGUGCUUUCCCUACAAGCGCGGUAUGUUUCCUUGGUUACGAAGUGACGAUCCAAGCACUAAAUGCCUUAUGGUAGAAAUAUAUCUGAUUGCACGUGUGUGUGUUUUUUCACGCCGUUCGAAUUCUUUUUUUAAAAUGUUCUCGUAAAAUUAUUUUUGUUCCUAUUACAGAUUUUGUAACUUAAUAUUUUUCAAUUUGUAAUCCGACUAGAAUUAUUACUCUAAAAAUCUAAUAAAUUUGUUAUUCAAACCAGAAUUUCCGAUCAAAACUCUCAUAUAGAACCUUGUAUAAUCCGAAUCCACAUAAUUCGUAAACACUGAAGCUUUUUUU